GGGUUAUCAUAUUGUCACUUACUUUGAAAGAAGAAGAAGAAGAAGGAAGUCAAACGUCCCGAACAAUCAGCAAUGAAAGGACCGCUGUUUUUUUGCAUCAUUUUGUGCUUGUACUGGAGCCUAUUUCCUGUGUCAACAGGCUCCAAGGAAAGUUCUCAACAACGCCUGCUGGCACAUCUGUUCGCAAAGUAUGAUGGGGACGGCCGUCCAAGCUCCGACAGGUCACGCGCUGUUCUCGUGUCGUUUGGCGCGAAACUUGUCAGGAUUAUCCAGUUGAAUGAAAGAGGAAAUACGAUUCGUUCUCAAUGGUGGAUCUACCAGCAAUGGAUGAAUUCUGACUUGACUUGGAACGAGGCUGACUAUAAUGGAACCAAGGUUAUUCACGUGAGUCCCAGAAAGGUCUGGGCACCAGACAUCAUACUGUACAACAGUGUGCGGUUCGCUGACAGUGCUGACGAUAACGACAAACUUGGUGGAGGAACAGAGAAGUAUAAAACCAAGAUAGCAAUAAACUCCAACGGAUCGUGCAAGUGGAUGGCGCCAGCAAUCUUUCAAAGCACGUGCGAAAUCAAUACGAAAUACUUUCCUUUCGACGACCAGAUCUGCACGCUUAAGUUCGGAUCCUGGGCUUUUGAUGGCAGCGAGCUGGAUGUUGCUGUUGACGAGUCUGAGACUGGUGCCAAGGGAGACAUCUAUCGGAACAAUACCGAGUGGGACUUGGUAAAAGUGACAGCGGUUAGAAUCGAGGACAUAUACAGCUGCUGUGUUCACCCAUACCCAAGCAUCAUACUUUCGCUUCAUCUAAGCAGGCGGUAUUACUUCUACAUGGUGAAUCUUGUGGUACCGUGUUCUCUUAUAGCCCUCAUGGUCCUUCUUUCCUUCAUUUUGCCGCCGGAGUCUGGGGAGAGAAUAGGACUGGGUAUUACAGUACUUAUGGCUAUGGCUAUCUUCCAGGAACUGACGUCAGCUAAGCUGCCAGCGGAUUCCGAAUACAUUCCGUUGCUAGCUAAGUACUACUCCAGUGCUAUUUUUGAGAUUGGUUUGGCUCUGUUUGCCACUUGUGUCAUUUUGAACUUUUUCUACCAACGCUGCGAAAUGCCUGGUUGGCUCAAACAGCUCAUGUUCAGUUUUCUGGGUCCAUUGGUGAGAAUAAAGUAUACACCUCAACCGUCAAACAAAACUCGUAAGAAAAACCAAAAAGGUUUGAUCGAAGAAAACUUUGAGUUAGCUUCGCAGUCCGAAGGCUCUUACUCGGGGCCCAUUGAGUUAAGAAAAAUGAAUGUGUUAAACGAUAGUGCAUGUGAAGGAAAUGGGCGCUGUGGUGAAGCAAAGCCUUCGUCGCCUGUUCAUCUCAUACGUUCUAGAACACGCAGCAGUAUUCGUGAGACUCCUAUUCUGAAUGAUCAAGUGACAGAAAAACAACAAGGAAAGUAUGUGUUCGAGGCGGCUGAUGGGUCCCGCGCGGAUGAAAUAAACAAUAUUACUGACUGGCAAAUGGCCGCAAAAAUUUUGGAUCGUGUUGUGCUCGUCCUUGGGAUUUUAAUCAGCGUUGCAACUUUCCUCGCAAUUUUCAUGCAAGCACCAAGAGUACAAGAGAUGUUUUCCUGAAAUUCAAAAGUGAUCAUCCGCCCUUCUUUCAAAUUAUAUAUCCUUUAAGGUCGGGAAGCUUGAUGAUCACACAGUGAUUCUCCUAGUCCCUUUGACGCGCCCUUCUGUUCACCUUUAUUCAUUUUUACAGAAGUGAUCUGUUUUACUCGUCGUAAGAUAGGUAUAAGAAACGCCCUGCAGUCACUGACAGCAAAUUACUCUUUUAAGGGGGGACUAGAAACCAGCGUAAUUGUGAUAUAGUUACAAAUAAACAAAAAUAUGAUUUUGGGUAAGAAAUAACAGAAAACAGUCAAUAAAGAUAAACGUUGUUCAGAUCAUUGA